CCCAGCUGCUCCCAACCGAGCGAACUCAUUCCUUUCAACAAAAAUACAUCUUCAACGUGCGCAAGUAACACAAUACAUCCAAGUACAACCGUUCAUACAUUUUAAGAGGGGACAAUAGAACUGUGAUGUCAUCUGUCACCCGUCAACUGCCGCCUGAUUACAAUUUUCCAUAAAACAACACGUCCCGGCGUUGACUUAAUCAUCAUCAAGAUCAUUAUCAUCUUCACCAGUUAAGUCCAAGUCAUUGACCACCAAACACAUCAGAUCAUCAACCAGCGUGUUAUUAUUGGAUUAGUGUAAUUUUUUUCUUGAUCAUCUGAACAUCCGUUAAGAAUUUGUGUCAUUAUUAUUGCAUUGCAUUGCACUGGAAAUACCGAAAGAAAAUUACAAUUUAAAUUGUAUGACUGACUCAGCCCAUAUAAUACUACUGACACUUUACUUCCACUCUCUUCUCAAAAUUCAGAGUUCCAGUCAGUCUCUGCUGUCUCUCUAGUCAGCUUUAACGUUAAUUUACUGGGUCUUAACUUUAAUAGGCCUACUGUACUGAUAUAUAUGACGCAUGCUGGACUUCUGGACAUUACAUGCCGGACUUGUAAUUUGUAAAAUAAAUGCUGCUUCCGUGUCCCUUAAAUAGGACCGAAACAUGGCGUUAUUGAAAAUGAGCUCCAAGAAAUGGUUGACGUCGGGCUAUCCAUCACUGCUGCCGGAUGACAGACCAAUCACAGCCAUAAGUGUCGUCGAGGAUAUUGACAAAUGUCCACCGAACUUCACUGUGAUUUCCAAGACAUACGAUCAAGAUAUUGACGCUGACCUUUGGCGAGAAAGUGGACUGUUUAUAAAGAAGAAAGGUCGUUAUAUUUGUCACUCAAAAACAGAAGGCGUGCCGAAUUAUGUUGUACAAGAAAUUACUGUUAUUAAUGAACGAGAGCUGCCGAAGGAUGGAUUUAGUAUGAUACCUCAGACACUGGACACUGAUCAAAAAGCAUGGAGGAAAAAGCAGGUGUGUUACAAACUCCAGAAUAAAGACUUGUGUUCAGUAGCUGUGACGGACAUUAUCGUGUGUAGCCGAAUCAAAAAGGCCCCGUCUGGUUUCACAUAUGCCGGCGAGGUCAAUGGAGUUAUUAUCUGUUACAAACUUAGCGCGUUAACUAAUGGCGAUGCUAGCUCACAAUCUUACGAAAAUAUCAACAUCCUUCAAAGCGUGUCACCGAAUCCUUCAAACGGAGUACCGCACAGAUCAGCGCCAGAACGACCGCCGAAGCCAAAGUUCUCACCGAAACCGCAGAACGGUGGCAGCAAUGUUUAUCCACAAAUACCAGGAGGUAUUGUGGCGAGUAAAAAAGAGCUCGAUGAAACGAACGACCGUGACUAUGAAGUGUUGAGCCCAAAUGCAAGGAUCAACAAACCUACAAGACCAGCACCUCAGCCUCCCACGUCUUCCCACACGAGCAGUAAUACUAGUAGCUGUUCUUCGGUGCCCCUCUAUGGCACUCUGCCAGGUUCUUCUGACUUGGAUGGCGUUCCUUUUGUACUCAAUCCUUUGCUCAUUGUUGACAGUGACUCUAUAUUUACACUUCCUGUGAUUAAGGCACGAACUCGCUUAGAAAUAGAUCAAGAGUAUUACUACGACUUCCGUGCAGAAAAGGAAACUUAAAAAUCUAAAUAAUUAUUAUAAUUAAUAAUCAUAUUCUAAAAAUGUCAUCGUGCCAAACGAGAAUUGUACCAACUAAGUACCAUAUUACCGUUAAUCAAUGCAGCUAUAUCCGAGCGUUUUGUAUCGACAAUAUAGCGUAGCCAUGUGUAAUAGAGUGCCUGAACGAGUGAAUUGUAUAUGUUAUAAUAUAAUAAUUAUCUUAUUAUCAAACAAACAAACAAAACAAAAAAAAACAAAACAAUGCAGACAUCUAUUCGAUAUACGUAAUAAUAAUUAAAUGGGUUUCUCCAUUUUUAUUCUUAAAGAUGUUUUCAUCUACGAUGUGUCUGUUUCGUCAUAUCUUCCAUUUUAGAUUUUUAUACCGAUAAUUAAUAAUUAUGAUGAUGAUUAGUAUUGUAUUUUU